UUAAUGAUUAGAUUCUCUCUCUUCCUAUCUUUUUCUCUGUAGAACUCACUCGGUGACUGUGUGACUCAGUGCGGAUCGCCACCAUGAUGAAGCGCGUUUCUUCUGCGUCUUCGCCGCGGAGCUCGUCAAUGGCGUCGACAAUCAAAGCGUACUUAGUGCCUCUGAUUCUGUUUUUUGGGGCCAUUUUCUACCAAGUCGUCGUGAUUCCCAAUUCCUUCCCUCCAUCUCACUACGACGUUCUGCAAAUUAGGAAAUACAGUUCUAUUGAAGAAGUGAGAGAAGCCUACGAAAAGCUUUCCUCCAAGUGGAAUUCGGGGGUAGAAGUUCCUGUAACUCAUGAUUUUAUAAAGAUUCAAUAUGCUUAUGAGUUGCUGACAAAUCCAUCAUGGAAAAAGAACUACGAUAUAUUUGGUAUCGAUGAACAUCUGGAUGUUCUUGAGAAGGCGAAAGAACAGUUUGCUGGUCGUAGGUUUUUGGCAGUAGACCUUCCGUUGCUGGAUUCUUCAGGUACAGAAGAUCACCAUCAUAAUGUCAUUACCGCUAAGGAUUUUGAGUCCCUGUUUCAGGAUACCAAGCCAUUGCUAAUUCAGUUGUUUUCUUCUGGGAGCAAGAGAUGUCUUCAGUUUUUUGAUGCCUGGAAAAGAAUCACUUCUUUGUUGGACGGAGUUGCAAAUACCGCUUCUGUGAAUCUUGAGGAGCUUCAACUAGUGGCAUACCUUGCGGAGAAGAAGCCAACAGGACGACCUUUUUUCAGGAAUCGCAUUCCCUCUCUUGUUGCUUUUCCCCCAGGCUGUAAAAGAGUUGAGUGUCUUGUUAGGUAUGAUGGGGAGCUGACUGUUGAUGCAGUUACAGAUUGGUUUGCUACAAACAUACUUGGUUUACCCCGAAUUUUUUACCACUCAAAAGAGUCACUGGGACCAAAAUUUCUGGCGACCGUAAGUCCUAAUAAGGUAAAAGUCAUCCUCUUCUCAAGAACAGGGGAGCGUGCUUCUCCAUUUGUGCGCCAAGCUGCUAAAAUUUAUUGGUCUGAUGCUUCCUUUGCAUUUGUGCUAUGGCGAGAAGAGGAAUCUUCCUUUUGGUUUAAUGCGUUUGAGGUGGAAACUGCACCCGCAGUAGUAUUUCUGAAAGAUCCAGGUGUCAAACCAGUUGUAUACCAUGGAGCGAUUAACAAUUCACAGUUUUCAAGUAUCAUGGAACAGAAUAAAAAGAUGGAGCUUCCUCAGUUGAGAAGUACAACAUCGAUGGAUUUGGGCUGUGAUCCCCGUGGCUAUUCUUGUGCUGGACACGAUACCUCUACUUGGUAUUGUGCUAUUCUUGCAGGAAGGCAUGGCCCAGAACUCAAUAAAAUGCGUGAAACCGUACGCAGGGUUCAAGAAACACUGUCACGUGAUAUUGAAUCAAGUGCAUUGGAUAGUGAUCAAUCCAUGGAACCAGCAUCAGUUGCUCUCAGAAACAAACGGCUGACAUUCGCUUGGCUUGAUGGAGAAGCGGAAAAGAGAUAUUGUUUCUUCUACCUCAAUCAUGAAAGCAGCUAUGAUACUUGUGGACCAAGGAGAGAUCUGACUGAUGUACCUCGGUUAUUUAUUGUGCGCUACAAAAGAAAUGCUAGUGAAGAGAUAGUGAAACCUGAGAAAAAACAAAAAACCAUAUGGGAUUCCUUACAAGACCAGGACUUGGAUCCUGCAUCACAACUUGUGGCAAAGUACAAUGGUUCAGAUGACAUUCAGGAGAUCAAGAAAUGGAUAUCUCAAAUAAUCAGGGAUGGUGACUCUAGGGAUCUUCCCCAUUAUAGAACAAAAACUCCUGAUCUGGUUACCGAGGAUUCAAAACCUAUCUGGUCUAAAGGUGCUCAAAGCUUUCCUUCUACAUCCACGAUGAAGCAGGGUGUUCGUGGCUUUAUAACCAAAAUCUACGAUCUCACUGGAGAUCCAAGGAUUGGUCCCAUGCUGCUUUUGGGGGCUUUAUUGUCCUUUGGUACUAUCUGGCUGAAGAGAAGUCAGCCUACACAACAAGCUGACCAACCAGAGUCUAACCGGUUGGAGUCUAAUCAAUUGGAGUCCCAUGAACCAAGUCAACCAAGCUAUAAGGAUGAGACUAAAGCGAGGUGGAGAGCACGAGCAAGAAAAGCGACGAACGAAGGUCGUUCUCCUUCCAUCACAGAUGAUGAACCCAAAGAUGCUUACCAAAUGCCAUUUUCAGAUUCCGAUUCUGACUAGUUCGAUGAUGAACAUUAUUUUGAAUGUCACAAAUCCUUGACCAAUAGCCAAAAUAGUUGUUGAGUUAGCUAUCUCGUCACAGAGAAUUUGUCCCCGCCUUAAUUAUUGAAGGCAUAAACACGAUCUUUGAAUCCUCAAUACUGAAGCUAUAGCUUUUGCUCUCACCUUCCUUUUUUUUUUCUUUUUUUUUU